AUGGAGAAAGAAAGGAUUGGGUUUGAUCGUGAUGUCAUCACAGUAGAUCCUGAUUGCAAUUCGGAACUUGACGUAUCAACUGAAGAAAGCGAAAGUAGUGAAGAAGAAACCUCUGAUGAAGAGGAACAAGAUAUAGCCGAAGAGCACUGUGGAUAUACUUACACAAGAGAAGAUUUCUUCGAAGAGUAUGCGGACAAAUAUAUAAAGUUUACAAACGAAAAUCCGACAACGUACCAUGUAAUUGACUUUUUUAGAGGAAUUCUCGAGGAAAAUGGGUUUAUCUACAUUCCUGAAACCGAGCGCCUUGAAGACACUAUCAAAAAGACUAUCAAAGAAGAAGGUGGCCUAUAUUUUAGCAUUCGCUCUGAUUUAACUUUAGUGGCAUUUAUGGUGGGUGGCUCAUGGAAAGAAAGUUCUGGAAUAGGUGCCGUUGGAACUCAUGCGGAUGCCUUGACUGUUAAGCUAAAACCGUCUUCGUUGAAGCAUACCAUCGAUGGCUACGAGAUGCUAGGUGUGGCUCCAUAUGCGGGAACUUUGAAUUAUUUAUGGACUGACCGAGACUUAGGAAUUGGAGGUGCCAUCUUGGUUAGAGAAGGUGGUGAAAUUAAAAGAAAAAAUGUGAGCUCGUCGCCAAUCCCCAUUGCUAAAAUUCCAUCACUUGCACCACACUUUGGUGAAGUGGCGAACAGAGUAUAUAAUAAAGAAACUCAGGAGGUACCAGUGAUAGGAUAUGGACUCCGUGAAGAUCCUGCGACGAAUGAGGAAAAGGAGAGUCCUGUUUAUGGAAAACAUUCCAUUGAUCUAUUAAGGUAUAUUAGUCGAUUGUCUCAGACUCCACUAAAAGAUAUAGUGUCACUAGAUUUAGAGUUAUUUGACGUUCAAGAAGCAACAAGAGGCGGCAUUGCUAAGGAAUUCAUAUUUGCACCAAGGAUAGACGAUCGGCUAUGUUCCUUUAGUGCAAUUUAUGGGCUAAUACAACAUAGCAAAAAUUACUUCUCGGGUUCUAAUACUGGUUCUCUUAAGGAAUAUGACGGACUAGAUCUUGUUUGGUUGUGCGACAAUGAAGAGAUUGGUUCCCAAACAAGGACGAGCGCUAGAGGAGGUUUUUUAAGGUCAGUAUUAAAUAAGGUAUUAGAAGCUAAGAAUUACGGAAACAUAGAAACAACAUUUGCUAAUUCAAUCAUAUUGUCUGCGGAUGUGACACACGCGUUGAAUCCUAAUUUUAAAAAUGUGUAUCUUGAUGACAAUUAUCCUUUGCCUAACACAGGAUUGACUUUAAAAAUUGAUUCUAAUCAACACGUAGUAACAGAUUCAACUGGCAUUGCACUAAUGAACAAUAUUGCAUCCAAAAACUCCCUCAAACUUCAACAGUUUCAUAUCAGGAAUGGGUCACCUUCUGGAAGUACUAAUGGUCCAAUCUUUGCAACAGAGACUGGUGCGAGAGUCAUUGAUGUGGGAUUGCCUCAGCUAUCAAUGCAUUCCAUCAGAGCAGCAUGUGGAUACAAAGAAGUUGGAUUAGGCAUCGAGACUUUCUCAUCCUUUUUCAAGGAUUGGAGGCAAGAGUAUGCAAAAUUUCAUUAUUCGUAG